AUGGCGGCAGCUUCGCGGGAGGCCGUGGUGGUGAUAUUGGACGUGGGCGCCUCCAUGGCGACCCAACAGCGCUGCUCUUCUUCGUCCUCGAGGCCGACCAUGGGUGCGUCGUCCUCGUCAGCAGCAGCAGCGUGUGCCUCUGUCUCCACAACGUCGGGGCUGGAGCAGGCGGUCAAGGCCGUGGAGCUGCUGGUGCAGCAGAAGCUCAUGCACCCGUCCCGCGACGAACUGGGCCUCGUCCUCUUCGGCACCCGCGGCACGUGCCUCCUCCUCAUCGCCAUCGUAAUCACCGAAACACACAACCAGCUGUCUGAAGAUGGCUACCAGCACAUCACGGUGGCGCGCGAGAUCAUGGGGGCCGACAUCGAUCUCCUCCGCUACAUCUCCACCAUCACGCCCGAGGGGGCCGACGUCAUCGACGCGUUGAUCGUGGGCAUGGAUCUGCUCAUCCGGAAGACGGCGGGGAAGCGCUACGAGAAGCGCAUCUUCCUCGUCACCGAUGCAGGCUGCCCCGUCAACCAGGACGACCUCGACGUCGUCUGCGAGCAGUUCCUCAAGAUUGAUGCCCGCCUCAACGUCAUUGGGGUGGGCUUCGAGGAGGACGACGACCAACGGGCCGGCUCGCAGGACGACAACGACAAGGCCGAAUUCAAGAGGAAGAACGAGCGCCUCAUCCGCGAGUUCGCCGAGCGCGUGCACGGUGUCGUGGUGCCCGUCCAGCGGGCCAUCGAGAUGAUGAGCUUCAUCAAGCCCAAGCCCGUCCUCCAGCGUACGUCGCACCGCGGUUGCCUGGAAAUUUCCGCCCAUGUCAAGAUACCGGUGUGGAGCUACAUCAAGACCAUGGAGCGGAAGCUGCCCACCCUCAAGAAGGUCUCAGUCGUCUCGCAGCUCUCUGUUUGGGGAGAGGAGGAGGAGGAGGGGCGCCAACUGAAUGCCCCACCCUCGCGUUAUCCGUCCGUGGCGCCGGACGAAAAGGUCAAGGGCUACAAGUACGGCAAGACCCUGGUGCCCUUCUCCAUGGUCGACGAGGCCGUGCUCAAGUACGAGGCUGCCAAGUGCCUCCAACUCAUCGGAUUCACUUCGGCCAAGAACGUGCCCCGGCACCAGUUCCUCGGCAACGUGGAGUGCAUUGUGCCGGAGCCCGGGGAUGGCUCGGCAGCGGCAGCUCUCUCUGCGCUUGCACACGCGCUGGCCGAGACGGGGAGCCUCGCCAUUGUGCGCUACGUGAAGAGGAACAAGGGCAACCCCUAUCUGGGCUGCCUCUCUCCCCACAUCAAGCCAGACUUUGCGUGCCUGUACUUCUGCGCGCUCCCCUUUGCCGAGGACCUCCGGCAAUACCCGUUCGCCUCCCUGGCGCGUCCUUUGCGCAAGGCCUACGCCCCCUCGGAGGAGCAGCUGGAGGCCACCCAGGCCCUGAUUGACUCCAUGGACCUCAUGACCGCCGCUACCGACGAGGACGGCAAUCCGAUGGAGGCGGUGAAGCCCAAGUACACGUACAACCCGGCCCUCCAAAACCUGUACCGGGCCGUACUCCACCGCCUGCAGCACCCCGACGAGCCCUCCCUCCCUCCCGUGGAUCCUGCGAUCCAGGAGGCCCUACGACCCGACCUCGGGCUGGCUGACAAGCUCCGGCCGGCUCUUGACCGCUACAAGGCCGCAUUCACCUUCACGCGAGUCGAGGGAGCUGCGGCCAAGGUUGAACGACGCUACUGGCGGGACCGCCUGGCCGAUACCGACGUGCAGCUGGAAAGCUACGUCCCGGAGGCCAAGAAGCAGCGGAAGAACCCCGAGGAGGAGGGCAUCUCCAUGGAGAGCCUCAUGUCCGGAGCCACGUCGGACGUGGGACCCAUCAACCCCGAGCAGGACUUCAGCGACAUGCUCGCCCGGCGCGACGUGGACCUGGUGGACAAAGCUGUGGAGCAGAUGCAGGGGCGCAUCAAACAGCUGGUCGAGGACAGCGUGGGCACCCAGCUCUACGAUAAGGCCCUCCAGUACAACGAGUUCGUGGACGAGCUGGAGGGCUACUACAGGCACAAGCGGCGGGACGACUUCUGGCGCCUUCUCUGCGCGCGCGGCCUCAACGCCCCCCUCCGCGACACCACGUCCCCUUCUCCCUUCGGCGCCACCACCACCACCGGCAGCGUAACGGCCCAACACACCAAGAGCGAGGACGAGGAAGAGGAGGAAAUCGACGUGACCCGCGACCACGCGGAGGAGGAGGAGGAGGCCACCGCCGACGACCUCUUCGACAUGAUCGAGUAG